AACUGCUUCACGGCCACGCCCCUUUUUGACAUGCUUGCUGGGGUUUCGCAUUUUGUUCUAGUCUUUGUUGACAUAUUCAUUAUAAACGGGGCGUUUUUUGCGACGUAACAUUUGGCCGCACGUCAGCCCAAACACACGGACUCACCCCGCCGCUGUUUAAGCCGCCGGACUCUGUAAGGUUGUCUUAAGGCUUGUCACCACUGCAACACAGAGAGGGGUUCAGCAUCAUCUCCAUGGAAACAUGAACUAAAUUAUUGUUCACUUCCUGCAACAAACAACUAGGUUCAUAGAGAUGUCGUCCGUGUGGCAGCAGGAGCAGUCGGGUUAUUCCCCCUGCGUAGAGAUCGACUCCAGCUCUGUGGCGACCAAGGGCAGACUCAGCUGUCCAGGCUGGCUGAAGCAGGAGCAAGACGACCUCCACGUGAUCAAGUGGGAGAACUUUCAGAUGGGAGCGUCGACGGAUGCAGUUCAGGACAACACACCCAGCAGUGCUAUGCCAGCUGCCUCACAGGUCGAGACCCUGCCCCCUAGGGUGCUGCUGACCAUCACCAAGCUGCAGUGCCUGCUGGAGAGCAAACAGGAGCGCAUCGCUGCACUGGAGAGACAGGUGGAGGACUUGAUGCAGGACCGCAAGUUCCUGAGGAGCCAGAUCGAAAACCUCACAAGCACUCGGUCCAUGGCGACGUUUGCCUCACCCACUCCAGUGAUGGAAGCCCCUAAGCCCAGCAGGGUGCAGCCGUCAGAAAACAAGUCUCGGAAGAGAGAAAAAGCUUCAUCCAGCUCCUCUGAUGGCAGCGACAGCAACUCCGAGUUUUCAGACUCCUCCGAAGCUUCAGCGGUGUCAAGUGAACACAGGAAAAAGAAACACCAUAAAGACAAGAAACGGUCAAAGAAGGGGAAAGACUACAGCAGGAAAAGAGCGACCGGUGUCCAGUACGUCAUCCACCGCUAUAAACAGGUCCUGUCUGCUUUCAUCAAGAAGAAAAGCAUGAGUGAAGCCUUUCGACACCUGGGCAUCGACCGCAACACCAUCGCCAACACGGCUUCCAUCGCUGAGUUGUACCUGGCCGGCAAAGACAUGGUGCCGCUGGUGGGCAUGUUUCGACAGGGGGAAGAGACUCUGGUGAGCUAUGCACAAAGGUGCACCUUGGUCAUCGACAGUGACGCUGACCUGGCCAGGAGGAUAGAGCAGAUGAAGGCUAGUGGUGAGCUUCUGCCCAUCUCAGGGAAGAGGUCGAGGAUGUCGGCCUCCCAUCCACCACUGCUGGGGGCUGCUGCAGAGAGCAUUUUAAUAGGCUGAUGGGUGUUUAUCUAUAGAAGGGGUGAUCAUUGCCUCUCUUCUACAAUAUGAUAUGCACUGUUUAAACAGCCACUAGAGGGCAGCGCUUGCUUAUAAGAUCCUUUUUGCAAGGAGCGUGUUUUAAUGCAAAAUUGUGGAAAGCAAAUUAGAUUAUUUAUCACGUGAUUGAUAAGCUGUAAGUGACUCUAACGUUUUGAAAAUGCAUUUGUUUUAAAGUGUGUUAAAAUGACAGAGGUGCCAAGACGAAACUAUGAAUACGGUUUGUUCUUAAACAAAAAUCUGAGUUGUGUUUCUGUACCAAGACCAGUAAAAGUCAAACAUUA